AUGGAGGAUCACGCGCGCCAGGAGAAGCGUAACCAAGGCAAGGUGAUGGACUGUGCUGCCGAAGACCCCAGCAGCUCCCACUUCGUGCACUCUGUCCACUUCAGCCGGUUAUGCGACUGGAGCUUUGUGUACAGGGCACGCCUCAACCUACUUCGCCUGAGCGUAGCCAGGCCAUGGGCACGUGCCUCGGACCAGCGCUGCAGGGUGGGCGGGUACGCGGAGGAAACCCAUCCGCAUGCCCUGUGUCACUGCAUGAGCCGCAGCUCUGCAUACACUAGCCGCCACAACAAAAUUGUUGACCAGGUGAAGACUACCCCUGCGAAGAAAUUCAUGGUGGCUCACGAGAAGCAGCCCGUCGGUGAGACGACACCCCACCCCGUUCUGGCCCUUGCCACGGGAGGAGAGGCGAUCAUCAUCGAGGUGACCUGUACUUUAAAGAACCGACUCGAAGCUCUGGAGGCAGCUCGACAAGCAAAUGUGUACAAAUACAAACCCAUCCGGGAGUACCUCGUAUGCCGUUACCAGCGAGUGAGCAUCGAGGCGAUCGUCAUCGGCGCGCUCGAUUCCUGGGACCCAGUUAAUGACCGACUCCUGAUAUGA